GUCGAUGAGAAGGCGGGAGCGGCUCGGACAGCCGUGCCGCGCUGAGCCAGGCUGCUUGCAGUCUUUUCCUGGUCUGUCUGGCAGGUGUCUGGCUCCGGGUAGAGCGACUGGUGACCGCCAGCGAUGCUGUGCUUCCUAUUCCUUUGUGAAUGUCUUCUGCUGGUGACUGCUCAUGCUCAUGAUGAUGACUGGAUCGACCCCACAGACAUGCUUAACUAUGAUGCUGCUUCUGGAACCAUGAGAAAGUCUCAAAUGAAGUAUGGGAUGCUGGAGAAAAAGGAGUCGAACCCUGAUUUACCUUAUGCUGAUGAGUUGUCAGAAUGUUACAAGAGCCUGGAUUCUUUAACUUACAAGAUUGAGGAGUGUGAAAAGAAAAAGAUGAAGGACUGUGAAAGCCAAAGUAGUCCUGUGUUUAGGAGAUACCUAAAUAAGAUUUUAAUUGAGGCCAGAAAGCUUGGACUUUCUGAUGAUGAGAAAAACGAUAUGCAUUAUGAUGCGGAGAUUAUCCUUACAAGACAAACAUUGGUAGAAAUACAGAAGUUUCUCAAUGGAGAAGAAUGGAAGCCAGGAGCUCUGGAUGAUGCACUAAGUGAUAUUUUAAUUAAUUUUAAGUUUCACAAUUUUGAAAAAUGGAAGUGGCGAUUUGAAGAUUCUUUUGGAGUGGAUCCAUAUAAUUUGUUUAUGGUGCUGCUGUGUCUGCUGUGUAUCGUGGUCUUAGUAGCUACUGAGCUGUGGACCUAUGUUCAUUGGUACACCCAGUUGAGACGUAUCUUACUCAUCAGUUUCCUCUUCAGUGUGGGAUGGAACUGGAUAUAUUUAUAUAAGCUCGCGUUUGCACAGCAUCAGGCGGAAAUUGCCAAAAUGGAGCCAUCAAACAAUGUGUGUGCCGAGAAGAUGAACUGGGCUAGCAGUCUCUGGGAAUGGUUUCGAAUAUCCUGGACUUUUAAGGAUGACCCGUGCCAAAAGUACUAUGAGCUCUUGGUUGUCAGCCCUGUUUGGUUGGUCCCACCAACAAAGGCAGUGGCAGUCACGUUCACCACCUUUGUCACGGAGCCAUUGAAGUACGUCGGCAAAGGUCUGGGGGAGUUCAUCAGGGCGUUCAUGAAGGAGAUCCCGGGCAUCCUGCAUAUCCCCGUGCUUGUCAUCGUGGCGCUGGCAGCCAUGACUUUCUGCUAUGGUGCUGGGAAGUCUAUCCCUAUGCUGAGACACGUGCAAGGCCCCGAGAGCGAGCCGCCUCCAGCCCUGGAGCCUGGUCGUGGCCAAGGCCGCCGCCUGCAGGAGCUUGACUACAGAAGCCCCGGGGGAGCAGGUGAUGCAGUGCACAGGGGCCACAUCGAGCCUCGGGCGCGAGGCCCCUAUGAAAUGACGCAUGAGGGUAGAAGUGAUGUUUUGAGAGCGAGAGAUGGUGACCUGAGAUUUCAGCCUGGCACCAGGAGCCCUGAAGUGCUGCGGCCCUUUGAUUUUCCAGACGCUGAGGCGAGAGAGCUUCCCCAAGUGGUGCCCAGCCAUAAUCCACCUGUUUUGGAUACUAAGACCAAAGAGGGCAGUGGAUUCUCUGGAGGGAGCAUGACCAAGAGCACCCAUCCGGCUAAGCCUGCGUAUGGCCCCGAGCCCUCGGAGACUGAGCCACCUGCCCCGCCCCCCGCGUCCCCCGAGCCGGGCAAGACCCACCUCAGGACUGACCCCAGCAGCAGCCCAGAGGAAAACAGCAAAGCCGCACAAGUGUGUGGACAGCAGCUGGACGGCGGCCCCUGUAGCUAGAGGUGCACAGGCACAGGCCCGGGCUGAGGGUAUCUGUGGGUUUUGUGCACAGCUCCGCGCCACGAGUACCGGCAGUCAACUACCCAAAGGCCAACUUACACUUUAUUUUACCGACAGAGUGAGAAACACAUGGAUGUCACAUAUGUAUUUUAAAUGUCUUUGAUACUAACAUACAGCUUCAUAAUUUUUUAAGUUUUAAUUUUGGAACAGGAUGGCAAGUGUCACUGAUUUUGAAUAAUUAAGGCCAAUUUGAAUGAACACAUUGUUUAAUGUGUUUGUUAAUCAGGCCACAUAUACAUGUGAACCACCAUAGCUGGUACGUGCCAUGCCGGUGUCAGUGUAUUAAGGGACAUUGAAAAAGUUUUAUUUAUGGGCACAUACAAAGGAACUAAUUAGCCAGAAUAUGUUUCACCUAAUGAAAUACUGCAGUCCAAGAUGUCAGCCUUGCAUUGAGUUCCAAGGGUUUCCCAGAGUAUUCUCAAAAACGAUUUCUUGUUUUGAGCCCACCCAGCAGUGCUCAGGAGUGAGACCCAGCAGUGCUGGGAUUAGGGGUACCAUAUGUGGUGCCCGGGUUUGAACUGGCCUCUGCAGGAUGCUAGGCAAGUGCCUUAACUGCUGUACUAUUUGGCCCUGAAAAAGAAUUUCUCAGGAAAGCCCUUAUAGCCAAGUGUAGCCUCUUGAACCUUCCUGUGGAGGGUCCCCAAGGCAGAGCAGUGAGCUCUGUAGGUGGCAUCCUGCUUCCUCUUCACCCCCUCCUCUAAGGCAACAAAGACUCUUAGGGGAAGCCCCAUAAUCUUAAGAGCUUUGUUGGCCGAGAAUGGCUUUGUUCUUGUCCACCUAACAGUUUGUGAGACCUGUUUUCUCAUUACUAGGAAUCUCAGCAGUUGAGACUUAGUUGUUAGUUAUAGCACUGUAGACCCAUUGUUCAUCUGUUUGCUCGAGCGAGCACCAGUAAUGUCUCCAUUGUGAGAUUUGUUGUUACUGUUUUGGCAUACUGAAUACGCCAUGGGUAGCUUGCCAGGCUCUACUGUGUGGGUGGGAUACUCUUGCUAGCUUGCUAGGCUCUCCAAGAAGUAUGGAGGAAUCGAACCUGGGUCGGCUGAGUGCCAGGCAAAUGCCCUACCUGCUGUGCUAUCGCUCCAGUAGUUGAUAGUUGACUGUAUCUUAUUCAUAACCAUGUUGUAUCAUAGGAAAUCUGAUUUAUAGAGACCUAUUAGGCAGUUAAAACCAUGAUGGGAACAGGUUUGUUUUUUUUUUUAAAACAAGGCAGAUGAUGUAAUCAACAUUUUCAUUUUUUUUAGGCAGUUUUCAGCCAGAGAGGUGGCUCACUGGGCUGAGUCAAUGCAGGAGGCCUGGGUUGGCACCAUGGGCUUCCCCUGCCCCUGAAAGUACUGCAUAAUUGUGGCCCCCCAAACUUCUUAAAAGAACGACUUCAAAUUUUGUUCAUGUACUUAACGAGGAGGCAAAUUUCACAUUAUUAAGAUUUCAUUUCUUUCAGUCUUCAGGUGUUUAGCCACUUAAAAGAAUAAUAAAGAAUAAUUUUAAUUUUCACGCAGGCAUUCAUUUUAGAAAAUAUACUCAAAGCAUUUGCUUUUUUUUUUUUUUUUUUGCUUUUUGGGUCACACCUGGCAAUGCACAGGGGUUACUCCUGGCUCUGCACUCAGGAAUUACCCCUGGCCAUGCUCAGGGGACCAUAUGGGAUGCUGGGAUUCGAACCCGGGUCGGCCGCGUGCAAGGCAAACGCCCUACUCGCUGUGCUAUCUCUCCAGCCCCAAGCAUUUGCUUUUUGAUAAUUUUUACAUUAAAGGCAGAAUGGCCCUUUUCACUCCCAAAGUGUCACUAUUUUAUGGCUGUUUUAUGUUAAACUUUCCUGUUUAAUGUUGUAAAGAUCUGUACUAUUGCAUCAGGGUGGAAUUAUGCUUCCAAGGUACCCCUAAUUUCCCUCUGAACUAUGAGGGAUGGGACUGGGAGAGAGAUGACUCCAAGGGAUAGGCGGGCAGUGAGAGUGGCAUUCAUGUGUUCUGCAUUCCUGCCCCAUUUUUCAGAAAGAAAGGAAGUGAAUUUCUUUUUUCUUUCUUUUUUUUUUUAUUUUUGCUUUUUGGGUCACAUCUGGCGAUGCACAGGGGUUACUCCUGGCUUUGUACUCAGGAAUUACCUCUGGCGGUACUCAGGGGGCCAUAUGGGAUGCUGGGAAUCGAACCUGGGUCGGCCGCGUGUAAGGCAAACGUCCUACCUGCUGUGCUGUCGCUCCAACCCCGCAGCGAAUUUCUUUGUAUUCUUUCAUUGCAGAUGAAGGGAUGGAGUCCACCUUGACAGCAGGACCGCAGGCGACAUGCUGCUGUUGUUUAAGGACGGCAGCGAUCAGGGAGGAUUUGUUAGAGCAAACGGAAUAUACAAAGGCCAGUGUGUAAGCAGGAGACACAGGCUUGCCUACUGUCUAGCCAGUAUUUGUUAAAAUGUAGGAUUGUAGCUUUCAAGAAAAUCAGAAUGGGAAGAGACAGCAUUUUCAAGCAAUCUUUAAAUGGAAUAAUGUUUACAGUGUCGAAAAAUGCCAUAAACACAAAUAAACUUAUUUUAUAUUGUGGUUUGA